AUGUUUACACCCUUGCUACUGCCCCAACCCAAGCGACACACCCUUGCUGCUGCCCGCCCACACUCUUUACACCCCUGCUACUACCCCAACACACUCGCCACACCCUUGCUGCUGCUCGCCCACACUCUUUACCCUUGCUACUGCCCCAACACACUCGUCACACCCUUGCUGCUGCUCUCCCACACUCUUUACACCCCUGCUACUGCCCCGACAAACUCGUCACACCCUUGCUGCUGCUCGCCCACACUCUUUAUACCCCUGCUACUACCCCAACACACUCGUCACACCCUUGCUGCUGCUCGCCCACACUCUUUACACCCUUGCUACUGCCCCAACACACUCGACACACCCUUGCUGCUGCUCGCCCACACUCUUUACACCCCUGCUACUGCCCCAACACACUCGUCACACCCUUGCUGCUGCUCGCCCACACUCUUUACACCCCUGCUACUGCCCCAACACACUCGUCACACCCUUGCUGCUGCUCGCCCACACUCUUUACACCCUUGCUACUGCCCCAACACACUCACACACUCGUCACACCCUUGCUGCUGCUCACCCACACUCUUUACACCCCUGCUACUGCCCCAACACACUCGUCACACCCUUGCUGCUGCUCGCCCACACUCUUUAUACCCCUGCUACUGCCUAGACACACUCGUCACACCCUUGCUGCUGCUCGCCCACACUCUUUACACCCCUGCUACUGCCCCAACACACUCGUCACACCCUUGCUGCUGCUCACCCACACUCUUUACACCCCUGCUACUGCCCCAACACACUCGCCACACCCUUGCUGCUGCUCACCCACACUCUUUACACCCCUGCUACUGCCCCAACACACUCGUCACACCCUUGCUGCUGCUCGCCCACACUCUUUAUACCCCUGCUACUGCCCCAACACACUCGUCACACCCUUGCUGCUGCUCGCCCACACUCUUUAUACCCCUGCUACUGCCCCAACACACUCGUCACACCCUUGCUGCUGCUCACCCACACUCUUUACACCCCUGCUACUGCCCCAACACACUCGUCACACCCUUGCUGCUGCUCUCCCACACUCUUUACACCCCUGCUACUGCCCCAACACACUCGUCACACCCUUGCUGCUGCUCGCCCACACUCUUUACACCCCUGCUACUACCCCAACACACUCGUCACACCCUUGCUGCUGUUCGCCCACACUCUUUAUACCCCUGCUACUACCCCAACACACUCGUCACACCCUUGCUGCUGCUUUCCCACACUCUUUACACCCCUGCUACUGCCCCGACACACUCGUCACACCCUUGCUGCUGCUCGCCCACACUCUUUACACCCUUGCUACUGCCCCAACACACUCGCCACACCCUUGCUGCUGCUCGCCCACACUCUUUACACCCUUGCUACUGCCCCAACACACUCGUCACACCCUUGCUGCUGCUCGCCCACACUUACACCCCUGCUACUGCCCCGACAUACGCGCCACACCCAUCCUGCAGCUCGCCCACACUCUUUACACCCCUGCUACUGCCCCAACACACUCGUCACACCCUUGCUGCUGCUCGCCCACACUCUUUACAUCCGUGCUACUGCCCCAACACACUCGUCACACCCUUGCUGCUGCUCGCCCACACUCUUUACACCCCUGCUACUGCCCCAACACACUCGUCACACCCUUGCCGCUGCUCGCCCACACUCUUUAUACCCCUGCUACUGCCCCGACACACUCGCCACACCCUUGCCGCUCGCCCACACUCUUAUACCCCUUACUGCCCCAACACACCUGUCACACCCUUGCUGCUGCUCGCCCACACUUUAUACCCCUGCUACUGCCCCAACACACUUGAUACAGUGUUCGUCCUGGAGACCUUCCGGAGCCGUGGCUGA